UAUCAUUUUGAGCUAAUACCUAUAAGAAGACAGCAGUAUGCCGAUGCAGAAAACAUCAAUCGUGUUGAAGGUCAAUAUCUUUGUACAACUUUUAGGUUUACUACUGAACAUCAUCGGCUACUGUACAAACCACAUUGGCGAUUUCGAAGAUGUUCUUUAUGUUGGAUUAUGGAAAUUGUGUGCCCUAGACGAUGAAUGUCUUGAUAUAAAUGACGAAAAAGAAAUCAGUAUAGCCUGGGCCUAUGCUGCACGUGUCUUCCUCGGCAUAUGCUUGACUGGUCAGUCUCUGGUCAUCUUGUUGACACUUUCAGCUCUUGUGAUUAAAAGAAACAAAUUUGUGGGUUUGUGUACUGCUGGGCUGGCAUUCUUUUCAGUUCUGUUCGGAGCAAUUGGUAUCGCGGUGGCAGCGGGAGAAAUUAAAAGACUUUUUCUACCGUCGAAACAAUAUUCCUUUAGCGUGGGCUGGUCCUUUGACCUAGUCAUCUCUAGUCUUGUUAUGUUUUUAGUGGCUGGUUUUUUAUCUGUCGUUGAAACUCGGAGAUCGGCAAGAUAA